GCUUUGAAAUUUGUGGAAGAAAACCAAAACCAAAACCAAAACCUAAUCCCCAAAUCGGAGACGAAGAUAAUUAAAUGGAGACGCCUCGUUUCCUCAAUCUUCUUCUCCUUCUCUGCUUCGCCGUUUCCGAAUUAACCGCCACCGCAGCGUCGGCGCGGCGGCCUGGAUUUCUCUUCUCGAGAGCCAGAGGACGAUGCACUUCACAGUUCUGGAGCAGCAGGAGAGAGGCUUGGCCGCGGAUGGCGCCGGAAACGGCGACGGUGGCGAAGGUUUUCGGAUCGAGAGCUCGCGAACGGUACGGCUCCGAGAUGACGCUAAUGGAGGCGGCGGCGACGGCGAGGGAUGAGGCGUUCGGAAGGCUGGUGAAGGAGGCAACUGCAGCAUUGUUGAAUUCGUAUGGGAGAAGGGAGUUUCCAUUGUCGGCUUGGGAGGUGAAGACAUUGUUGAUCAAAGCUUUGGUCUCGGAGGAGGCUGCGGCUCUUCAGUCUCAGCGUUUUGCUGUGGCCAAUGACAUCUGUAAUUGAACUUCGCUUUUUUUGUUUUUUAUUUUAUUUUUCUAACUAGGAGUCAUAAUUUCACCCGGACUCAAAAGAUAUAAAGAAUUUUUUGUAUGAACUUGAGACUUCUAAGUCAAUACGACGGAGAGAUCUCGAACUCUUGUUAA